ACAAAAAAGAGAUUUUUUUUUUGUGUGUCUGAAAGAUGAGGCCUAAGAUCAUUCUUUUCGGAGACUCCAUUACGGAAGAUUCCUUUGGAGAAGGAGGUUGGGGAGCAAAUCUUGCUCACCAUUUCUCGCGUACGCUGGACUUGUUGCUUCGAGGAUACAGUGGGUAUAAUACACGAUGGGCCCUGCAUGUACUGGAGAAGGUUUUCCCGGCGGAAGCGGAAACACCGCUGGCGAUCAUCGUUUUCUUCGGCGCCAACGACGCUAGCCUUCCCGAUAGAUACGGUGCCUUCCACCAUGUCCCUCUCCAUGAGUACAAGCAGAAUCUCCAUUCGAUCGUCUCCUUCAUUAAGAAGCGAUGGCCUACAACUUUGGUGCUGCUCAUCACCCCUCCUCCCAUUGACGAAGAUGGACGCAUUCAGAAUCCUUAUAUGGAAAACCCAUCGGGUCUACCGGAAAGAACGAAUGAGGCUGCCGGAGCUUAUGCGAAGGCCUGCAUCGAAGUUGGCAAAGAAUGUGGGAUGCCCGUAGUUGAUCUCUGGUCCAAAAUGCAGCAAUUUCCCGGAUGGCAGAAAAAUCAUCUUAGUGAUGGGUUGCACCUCACUCCGAGUGGGAACCGUAUUGUUUUUGAUGAAGUGGUGGAGAAGUUGAGAAAGGAAAAUUUGUGCCGUGAAACCUUAACUGUUGAUCUCCCACUCCUUGAAGAUAUGGAUCUCUCCGAUCCCCUCAAAGUCUUUCAAGGAUUGAACAAUAUAUAACUUGGGAGUAUGUGAAAUU